GUGAUACCAGAAUACACAUCAAUGGAUAAGGACCUAAUAGUUGAUUUGGCCGUUACUUUGGCUGCGUCUCUUAUAAAGUGGUAGCAGAAUACACCAUACCAACACAGUUUCUGGCAUAACACUAAAUUUCGAAACUUCAACCAUUCUCUACUAAUUAAUCCAAAACCUUCUUUUUCUUUUUCUGUUUUCCUUAAUGAGGUUCUUCGUUUCUUGCUUCGGCGGUGCUGCCGAUCCUACCGCCGCCACGAAGUCCGCUGUCCCUCCGCCUUCCCGGACUCUCCGCCGCAAACCCCAAUGGAAGCCCUCCCUCGGAUCAAUUUCAGAGGACGCCGCGCCGCCUCACAGGGAGAGGAACGCGACGGCGGACUCCGCCGGAGACGUCAAAAAGAGUGAGAACAGCGCCACUACAAACUCUCACCGCCGUCACUUCAGCGAGAGUAUCGAUUACGGUUGCAGGCGAGUUACGGUGGGAGCGAUGCCAGCCUUCUCUCCUACGCCAUUCAUUUUCUGAACAUUAGAAUUCUGGUCUUAAAUCACGUGUACAUACAUGUUCAUAUGUGGCUUAGAAUAAACAAUAAAUUUGUCGUUUUAUUGUGGGUGGCACUUGUGAAUCAAAUGGGCUUUAGCACAGUA